UGAAAGCGGCUUUAAAUUUUUCGGCAACAACGACAUUACCAAAGAAUCAUUAAACUGUAGUGCUAGUACAAUAUUGAAGAUGGAUGUUGACGAAUGCCUUCAUAUCAACAUUGGACAACUUCAUACAUGUCCUUUCCAGAAGGGCAGCUUACUGUUAACCCAAAAAAAAAAAGUUAAAAUUGGACCUCAAUUCUUAAUUUUAUUUAAGCCGCUAAUCCAGCUCUUAAACCAAAUUUACAAAAAAAAAAAAAAAAAUUGUGUCUAAAAUUUGAUCAGAAAUAAGGAGUGAUGCACCACUUUCAGAGCAAGAGAACUUUACGGGUUACCAUUGAUUUUAAUUUUCCACUAUUUUUUUUUGUUAAUUUCUAAUCCCAAACUCUAAUUAAAAAAGAAAAAAUAUUAAUACAAAACCCACCACCAUCGCAGUCCCCACCUUUAUUUCUCUUUCUUAAAAUAUUUUUAGAUGAAUAAUUUUGCACGAUUAAAACAAACUUUUUAGUUGAAAUUUCUUGCCUCAAAAAGUAGUUAUUUAAUUAAUUUUAUUUAUGCUUUUCUCUCUGUUGAAGCAGUAGUGACUACAGGAGGCAACAGAUGAUAUAUCCUCGUUUUCCAGAACACCGUUCAGGGCAUGGUAAAAUGGUGGACAUGCAAUUAAAGGGAAGUGCUUGCAGGAUUAAGAAGUGUGCUUUCGAUUUACUGUCAAUCGGGAACGAUCUGACGAACGACGAGCACUCGUGGGAGUUGAUGGGAAGGGAUCUCCGCCUCAAAUCCACGUUCUUGUACUGUGAUCUUAAUCAGAUGAUCUCUCGUUCACCAAGGGACCAGAAGAGAGCUCUCACUGAACUUGCCAACAAACUGUUUUGCUCCAUUGAAGAGUUGGAUCAUGCGGUGAAAAUUCAAAGCCUGCCGUUGACCCAAGAUCGAUACAAUGAGGCUGCUGUCAUUUACAGGAGGUGAUGGCUCUCGCGUCUUAAAAAUAAUCCCGUCGAUGGUUAUAAACACUGAUCUGUACAUUAUUGUGCACACAAAUUUCAUGUCAUCUGUAAAUAAAUAGCUCUAUCCUCGAGUCA